CCCACAUAUGCUAGAUAAGUGUUUGUGUAAUACAUAAACAUGAUAUAAUUUGUUUACAAAUUACAGUCGAACCUGUUUAUUUGUCAUUUAAUAGCCAUGUAUAGUGCGACAGUUACCGUUCGUGAACUUCGGAACCAAUCAACAGGAUUGGACUUGACAGUACCUACAUAUAAAGUGAUGCCAGGCCUUUUAGGCGGUACUACAGAGUUCAGCGUUAUAGUGAUCACAAACCUUCCAUACUUCAAGUCACCAAAACACAAAAAUAGCGAUGUCAUCCAGUUUGUGUUGAACAAGCGAUACAGUGAGUUUGAAGAACUUCAUGCUAAACUAAGCGAAGCAUAUCCAGCCACACUUUUCCCACCUCUGCCUCAUAAGGGCUUGCUUGUGUCAGAUGAUGUGCUCAGAGAAAGGAGGGCAGCUGCAGAUUCAUUCUUCAAGUUCAUUGCCAAGUUACCAAAAGUGUCGUCCAGUCCAUCUGUGUUGCAGUUUCUAGGGGUGAGUGCAAGAAUAGUUGUGCAAUCAAACAGUACAUCAGCUGAGAAUGCAAAGAUAGAGGAAGCUGAGAACAUCAUUGAAACUUCUGCGAGAACAAAUCGGGAUUAUGCAGGCACAUCCACGCCUACACAACAAAUCAAGCAGGGAUCACAGCAUCAGAAAAUUGAUACAUCCCUUCUCUUUGGAGACGUAGAUAAUGAUGAUGACUUGUUCUUUGACAAACCUGAUACAAGUGAUGUUCUACAAGACAACGUGGACAUUUUUAAGACUGGGUCAGGCUCAAGGAUUAGUCAGCUGGUUUCCGAUACGGACUGGCAAACUGAUGCUGCUACAAUGGAAGAGGGAGAGGAUGAGAUGGAAUAUGACCCUCUAGGUGGAAUGGUGGUCGGGAGAAAACAGAAACCAACAGCACAGGGUGCUGCAAGCAUAGCACACAAAAGCCACACACGUUCACAGUCACAACAAGUGAAAGCAAUAGUUGGUGAACAGAGUGACAUGGAUGAUCUAAAUGAUGAUAUCUUCAUCCCACCCGAAGCAAGUGUAGACAAACUAGAUGUUGAUCUUUUUGCUAAAGAUGAAGGCAGUGAAGAUCUUUUCACCAUUGACGAUGACCUUGACGUGCUAUUGCAUUUGGAAGACACACAGUAUCAUCCACUGGAUGACCGCUUGGAACCUGACAAGCCCCCUGCAGCCAAGUCCAAGCCUGCAGCUCCAAGGAAACCAGCUCUGCCUGCCAAGCCUGCUGGAGCAAAACCUGCUACAAUGCCGAAACCGGCCUUGCCUCAGAAGCCCAUUGCUCGGCCAAAACCCACACCAAGUCUGAAGCCAGUUGUAGUGCCAAAACCUGCUCCUAGAGCGAUCUCAACCGCAAAGCUUCAGUCAGGCGAUUCCCAGAACACGGCGACAAAAGAGUGUGCCCCGGUGCCUAAGCCACGAACCAACAGAUCUUUGUCACAAUCUACAUCAUCAGAGGCAGCUUCUGUGGAGCAGUCAGGUGAUAUUCUAACUGAAGACAUACUCAAAUACAUUGAGGAAAAUGAAGACAGGGGAAGUGCGACUUUAGAUCUCUUCUAGGUUAUCGUCAUAUCUGUUUAUAUGUACUGACUGGACACGCAUGCAAGCAUGCAUGCACACACACGCACGAAGGCACGUAAGCACUCACACACGCACGCAGGGAUGCCAAAGAGCAUUUUUAUACGAGGCUAUCUGCCAUAAUAAACAGCUGUAAAGUGAAUCCUCCUAUUUUAUCACUUAGUGAAAUUGGCACUAAAUGCUUCAUAUAUAUAUAUAUAUAUAAUCAGGAGUGAAUAAAAACAAAUUUGUUUUUAUUCGCUCCUGGCAUAGUGUUAAACAUAUGUAUGUUGAAUGUACGUUUGCGGUAUAUAGUCCAUGAGCCAGUAGGUUUGGUCGGUACCAUCCGGGGGGAAUAAUUCUCAUUGUGAUUUUUGGCACAAAACAAUUAAACUCAUUUGGUCUGCUAUGUAUCAGCACUGGACUAUCAGUGCUUGUAUGAAUUGCAAACACUAUGAUGAGAUCAGGGGAUGAGAUGAUAGUUUCAGUGAUAUGGGUGACGGGCUAAGCCGUGGCGCCGUUGUGGUAUCAGCCCGAUUAUUUUGGGAUGGGGUUACUAAACAGCUAAUAGCACACAAAUGGCUACCAUCACUGCAAUGCAAGUGUGGAACAUCACAUUUGUUUUUCUAUUCUGUAAUUUUAAGUCCUACAACAGAAGAUUGUGUUUUUCACAUUUGACUCAUUCAUCAGAUAUUUACUAUCUUACUACUAGAUAUGUGUUUGAUUGAAUUUGGUGAGCAGUUAUGUUGCAAUGCCCUUUACAGAGGUACCGUUUGAGAAUUGUCCGUAACCCUGACAGUAUCCCUGGCAUAUAUAAACAGGGUGAUAACACACAAAAAUCUACCACCUAUGCAAUGCUAUCACAUAUUUUCUAACUCUAGGGUUGUAUACCUUGCCAAAAAUCACAAUGAGAAUUAUUUCCCUCGGAUGGUACCGAUGGCCAAAAUUAUCGGGUCUGGCUCAUAGCCUAAUAGCCUAUCAUUCAUAAUAUUGUGAAUUUCUGUCAUUCUGUGUUUUAUUGUAAAUGAACUUAUUAUUAGAUCUGAUAUUAUUAUGAAAUGUACAAUAAUUACUAUAUGGAUGAAUGCAUGGAAAGAAUGCAAUAUUUUCACAACUGGGCUCUUAUUACAUGCAAUAAUUAAAUAAAUACAUAAAUAAAUAAAUAUAUAUAUAUCUAUAUUUAUUUAUAUAUUAUUUGUUGAUUUAAAUUACCUAGAUGCAUUUUUCAAUCACUCAGCAAUUGCCAUAACAAAUAUUUUAUUUGAAUUUGAAUUCAUGAACUAAUAUCAGUUUGAAGUGUGGGAAAAUCACUUUUGAUCUGUUUUAGUAAUAACAAAAUCCCUGUAUAGUGUAUAGUAAGAUGCCUUAAACUUCUGAAUCAAUAAAUUUCUUUAAUAUAUUUCUGAAUAAUAUUUCUUUACUUUCAUAUUCAUUUAUUUUCUUCAUUAUUUUCUUUCAUAUUUCUUUUUAUAGUAAAUAUACUGGUUAGAAUCAACUCAAAACUUUAAAUUGUUCAAUUAGAACAGGUGCCAAAUAAAGUUUUAAAAUUUACCUGCACCCCUACUUUAAAACUAAGUAUUAAAGCUAAUAAAAACUAAAUAUACAGCUCAAUAAGUUAGUGAUUGCUGUUAAAGCAAGUUUCCCAUUGGUACAUACUUAUGAUAAAUUUAUAUUUUCUGCUAAAUGUGUGCGUUUGUAUGCACUCGAUAUCCCAUCCAUGUUCAAUAUCGCAUUGAUAUACGUUUAAAUGUCAUUUUACUGCCUAUACGUGUUUAUGCUAUAUCUCACUCUUUUAUUGAAACGUCAUGUAGAAUUGACAAUGAUAGUAAACUCUAUAAACUUGCAUACGUUCUUUCUAUUUCAUUACAUCAUAUUAAUGGUGGUAUUUUUCUUUUUAAUAGCGCUUACGUAUUUUACAGUACUACAUUUAUUACUAAAUAUUUGAUGUGAUGACAUUCCGUUUCUAGCGGAAUUCGAACUUGCGGUUGCUAUAAGUUAAGUAUUUUACACGUGCUUUGUAAUUAAGGACUGUUUGAAUAGUGUGAUAUGUGAAAAUUGUAGUGUGAGAUGUGAUAAUAAAAUCUGUUGAUAGUAAUUGUUACUACUA